CUUUACCCCUGACGUCGCCCCGCCUUCUCCCGCCCCGCGGCACUGUGAUUCGUCCGGCGGCGCUCUACGCUCGGUCCAAGAUGGCGGCGCCCAAAUGCGGCCGGGUGCUCCUGUCGAGGGUGAUACCCUGGAACCUCGAGCUGCCUUGCUUCAAGAGCGCCCUGCACACCUCCGCAGUCUGCGCUAAGAACCGGGCGGCCCGCGUCCGAGUGAGCAAGGGAGAAAAGCCGGUGACCUACGAGGAGGCGCAUGCGCCGCACUACAUCGCGCACCGCAAGGGGUGGCUGUCGCUGCACACAGGGAACCUGGAUGGAGAGGACCAUGCUGCAGAGAGAACUGUGGAAGAUGUGUUCCUUCGAAAGUUCAUGAUGGGUACCUUCCCAGGCUGCCUGGCUGACCAGAUUGUCCUGAAACGGCGGGCCAACCAGCUGGACAUCUGUGCCUUGGUCCUGAGACAGCUGCCUGCAUACAAGUUCUAUUUCCUUGUGGGCUACAGUGAAACUCUGCUGUCCUACUUUUAUAAGUGUCCUGUGCGUCUUUACCUCCAAACUGUGCCCUCAAAGGUUGUGUAUAAGUAUAUCUAGGACAGUUUUUUUUUUUUUUUUUUUGCAUCAAGCUCUAUCUUGCAAAGGACAGAUACAUGUGGAAAAGGAACGAAGUACAAAUGGAAGAAAUUUCCCUUCAGAGUACAGAAGCUUCAUUUUCAAAGCUGCUGUUGAAUAAAGUGAAUAUGCUGUU